CCCCCCCCUCCCCCCGAUAGCGACGCAGCAGCCAUGUCGGCCCCUCCCCAUCCUGGUAAGAACCUGUCCGUGCAGCAGGUCUGCGACAUGGUCCACCACUUGAACAUCAACCCGGAGUCGCUCCACCGCGCGGGCAUCGACGGCGAGAAGCUUCUCGGUAUGAAUCCCGACGUCCUGGUCCACGACUUCGGCUAUGCCCCGCCCGAGGCCGAUGCCAUCCUGCGGACCUUCCACAACCCGGAGCACGAGCGCCGCGAGCGCCGCCCCAUGCGCCCGCGCAAUCCCGAGGGCCAGCAGCCCACUCGCGGCAUUGUCCAGGGAACCGAGGAAGACGCCGACCAGCUUUUCGCCGACUCCGGCGACGCCUCGAUCGCCAGCUUCCAGAACAUGCCGGUCAACUGCACCGGCGAGAACAUCCCGGCCCCGAUCUCGGGCUUCGAUCAGGCCGACUUCCCGGCGGGGCUCUACGAGAAUGUCGUCCGGUCGCGGUACACCCAACCGUCGCCGGUCCAGGCGCAUGCCAUUCCGGUCAUCGUGGCCGGUCGCGACCUGAUGGCCUGUGCGCAAACCGGCUCCGGCAAGACCGCGGCCUUCCUCCUGCCGAUUAUCUCGCUCCUGAUGAAGCAGGACCCCCUGCCGGCGCCGAAGGACCCCCGGUCGCGGGCCGUCCGCCCGCAGGCCAUCGUUGUCUCGCCGACGCGCGAGCUGGCUUGCCAGAUUUUCGACUCCUGCCGCAAGUACACCUACAAGACCCCGAUUCGGCCGUGCGUCGUGUAUGGCGGUGUGCAUCAUGAGCUUCAGAUCGAGCAGAUGACCAAGUACGGGGCCGACGUUCUGAUUGCCACCCCCGGGCGUCUGCUUCAUCUGCUGGAGACCCCGGGCCUGCUGGACAUGUCCUUUGUCCGCUUCCUCGUGCUCGAUGAGGCCGAUCGGCUCCUGCACUUCGGCUUCGGCGACCAGGUCAACCAGCUGCUCAACUACCUGGACCCGGACUUUGUGCGAGUCAUGAUGUUCAGUGCCACCUUCCCGCCGGCCAUCCAGCAAUUGGCCCAGCGCAUCCUCUCGCAGGAUUACGUCUUCCUGAGCGUCGGCCGAGUCGGGUCCAUGGCCUCCUCCAUCGACCAUGUGGUGGACUAUGUCGAGGAGUCGGACAAGCAUGCGGAGCUGGUCAACCACCUGCGUGACCUGCCGCCCAACCACCUGGUCAUCGUCUUUGUGCAGACUCGCAUCCAAUCCGACUCGCUGAUGAACUACCUCCUUCAGCUGGGCUUCCCCACCACCACCCUGCAUGCGGACAUGAGCCAGUACCACCGGGAGUACGAGCUGAAUGAGUUCCUCACCCGGCGCAAGAGCAUCCUCGUGGCCACCGAUGUGGCCUCCCGCGGCUUGGACAUCCCCAAUGUGACGACCGUCAUCAACUUCGACAUGCCGGCCACCAUCGACGAUUACACCCACCGGGUGGGCCGUACCGGGCGCGUUGGCCGCAAGGGCCUGGCCAUCAGCUUCUUCAAUGACGCCGACACGGCCCUGGCCGGGCCGCUGCUGGAUGCCCUGAUGGAGGUGGGCGCCCCGAUCCCCGAGUGGCUCGAGGCCUUGGCCCUGGAGAACCGUGGCCACGGCGGCCAGUCCCGCUACCGUCGGGGCGGCAACCACCACAUUGAUCGGGACAUCCGUGGCCCGGCGGCCAGUGGCGGCGGCGGUGCCGCCCCCCGGGCCGGUGGCGCUGGCGUCUCCCACCAGAUGCCCGCCGCCUCGGCCCCGGCCGCCUCCGGGUCUUCCGCUCAGGCCGCCCCUGUGUCGGCCACUCCCGCCACUUACGAGUCGAUGAACCGGAGUCAGGAGACCUACUCCUCCUGGGACAUUUGAGUGGCUUUGCCUUUUCUGCCCCUUCUUGGCUCCCCCUCCCUCGGCGAGCGCCCUCGGGCGCCCCAUGCUCGCGCAUAGCCGCGCUCAUGUGCUUGUCCAGCCCUCCCGGCUGUUGGCUAUACGAGAUUCCCCAACACCCCAUGCAGCAAUACACACGGCACAUGCA